AGUAUCGAUGGCUCCAGCUAUGCAAGAGCUGCAGCCGCUCCAAGCUCCAGUUCCUCGUUCGCAUUUUCACCUGCUCAACAUCAACAAUUCCAAUUUUUGUAAUAGCAGCAACAAGCGCAACAACAGCUUCAGCAACAGCACCAAAAUCAACAAUAACAACAACAACAACAACAACAACAACAACAACAACAACAACAACAACAACAACAACAACAACAACAACAACAACAACAACAACAACAACAACAACAACAACAACAACAACAACAACAACAACAACAACAACAACAACAACAACAACAACAACAACAACAGCAACAGCAACAGCAGUUUCCGCAGCAACAGAUUUCUUUUACUGGACCUAUUUUUCAGGCCCCAAACCUUUUAGGCAAUACACAGAUCAAGACAAC